GUUUAAGCAUCCACAAAACUGCACAAGGAAUAACAGACAUCUCUAGAAUACAACUGGCUCUUGUGUAUCUGAAGAAUCCAUACCUCACAUCAUCUUUGCUGAUUUCAAAGCUAGCUAUCCCAAGAAGUUUCCCAUCACAGCUCUUCAUUAUCCAUACUACAGACAAGGAAUCAGGCCACUUUUGGAGAAGAAACUCCAGAAUCUGCUAGGGUAGUAAUGGAGCUGGAGAAUUCCACCACCACUGUGAAAAAUUUUUUAUUUUUUGGUUUUACUGAAAGUGCCAUGUUACAGUAUGUACUUUUUGCAACUUUCCUCAUAAUCUACAUAAUUACUUGGCUUGGAAAUGUCACCAUCAUCACCACAGUAAUCAUAGAUCAAGAGCUUCACAAGCCUAUGUACUUUUUUCUAGGAAAUUUAGCCUUCAUAGAUCUCAGUGAAUCCUCAGUGACUCUGCCCAAGAUGCUAUGGGACUUCCUGUCUGAGUAUAAGUCCAUUAGUUUUGGAGGAUGCAUUGCACAGAUUUUUUUCUUCCAUUUCACAGGAGGUGCUGUGGUUUUCCUCCUCACAGUGAUGACUCUGGACCGGUAUGUGGCUGUUCAUAAACCUUUGCGGUACUUAAACAUCAUGAAUCACAAUGUUUGCCUUGGCCUGGUCACAGGAGCAUGGAUAGGGGGAUUUGUUCAUUCUAUUGUGCAGGUAGCACUGAUCAUUCAGUUGCCAUUCUGUGGACCAAAUUUACUAGACAAUUUCUACUGUGAUUUCCCACAGGUAAUCAAACUAGCCUGUACAGAUAUCUAUGAGGUUGAGGUGCUCAUGGUGUCCAACAGUGGACUGCUUAUGAUCCUCAUAUUUAUUGUCCUGAUUGUGUCACAUGUUGUCAUCUUGGUCAAAAUCAGGGCACAUAUCACAGAAGGGAAGCACAAAGCCUUCUCCACCUGUGGAGCCCAGGUUGCAGUGGUGAGUAUCCAUUUUGUACCCUGCAUCUUCAUCUAUGCAUGGCCAUUCAAAAAGUUUGUGGUGGACAAAGCCAUGUCGUCUCUUUAUACUAUCAUCACCCCAAUGCUGAAUCCCAUAAUCUACACAUUAAGGAACACAGAGAUGAAGAAUGCCAUCAAGAAAUUUCUCAACAACAUCUUUUUCAGAAUGAGAAAUUCACAACUGUCAUUCUUUUCUUAGAUGAUUUUCUUUUACAGAGAAAUGUAAAAACAAAGCAAAUAAUGUCAACUUAAUAACUGAUUUUGCUUUA